GUAGGAAAUAUUUACACCUUGCUAGGUGCAGACAAAAUAAGCAUGACAGGGCGAUCGACGCCGAGCACGUUUUUGAAAAAUGUUAUGCAAAAUGGUAUAGGGCGAUAUGUCUGUCAACUACAACGGAUAACAGUCAAGUUCUGCAAGUCGAGUGGGGCCAGUAGGGGCACACGAGACUUCAUUGAAAACCAUCUUCUGGAUUUCACAAAAACUAAUCCUGGGGUCGUCGUGUAUCUGAAACCUCGUCGGAACCGGUCUCCACAACUGUUUGCUGAAUACUUAAAUGGCAGGACAGAGUCGAUGAACAUUGCUAAUUUCACGAAAGACGAAAUCUUUCAGUGGGUCGAACAUUUCCGAACACGAUCUGGCACAGAAAUAAUGCGCUUUCGGAAAGAGUGGCACACGGACACACCCUCAAUUCAGGGAGUGUGGACUCCGUUCACAAACAAAGACACUGCUCUGAACGUAACAGAGUUACCUAAUGAACAGAGUUCACAAAUGAUUCCUCCUAAAAGUGCUUCAGAUCAAAUUUUGGAAAUCGCAAAGCAGAUACAAUCCAAGGAAUUAAAAAAUCCAAGUGAAAAAGAAUAAACUAAGGGUGUUGUGUUUUUAGGAUGUUAUUUUUGUGUGAUUUUCAUACUGGAGAAUAGUAUUUUCUGAGAAUGACAAUUUAUAAACAAAUAUAAAAAGUACCAUUAAACAGUG